AUGGCUUCCCGUCUGGCAAGGAGCGCGGUCGGCGCCGCCCGUCUCCGCCCAUCGCUCCCUCUCCGCGCUCUUCCUUCCAUCGCCGUGCAGGCCCGCUACAACUCCAAUCUUCCCCAGGAGGAUCCCAAGAAGAAGGCUCAGUCGCUUCUCCAGGCGAUACCCGUCCCCGGAAACAGCCCCCUCACCAAGGCCGCUGUGCUCUCGGCCGGCGCUGGUCUGAGUGUCGCGGCUAUCAGCAACGAGCUCUACGUUGUCAACGAAGAGUCCAUUGUCGCUCUGUCGCUGUUGACCAUCUUCUGGGCUGUCGCGAAAUAUGCUGGACCCGCGUGGGGAGACUAUGCGCAGCAGCAGGUUGAGAAGAUCUCCGGCAUCUUGAACGCUGCCCGUGCCGACCACACCACGGCCGUCAAGCAGCGCAUUGAGAGCGUCCAGGAUCUCGGCGGUGUCAUUGACAUCACCAAGACCCUAUUCGAGGUUUCCAAGGAGACUGCCCAGCUCGAGGCUCAGGCUUUCGAUCUCGAGCAGAAGACCGCCAUUGCCGCCGAGGCCAAGUCCGUUUUGGACUCGUGGGUCCGUUACGAGGGUCAGGUCAAGCAGAGGCAGCAGCGCGAGCUUGCUGACUCCAUCAUUGCCAAGAUUGAGAAGGAGUUGGAGAACCCCAAGACUCUCAAGCAGAUCCUAGACCAGAGCGUCACUGACGUUGAGAGGAUCAUCUCCCAGAAGGCAUAA